UGAAAACGGAAAAAUUUUUAAUCUCGACCCAUACAGUAACGUUGUUUUGAAUCCAUUCAAAUUGAAUUGGUAUUUUCUUCAUCAAAAUUAUCAUCAUAAUUAUUGUGAGGAAACGUCCACAAUAAUUAGUCUUGGACAAUUUUUUUGUGAAAAUUUAUGUAUAGCCAAAAAAGAACCGCACCUAAAAUCGGGUCAAGUUUUAAUUGUUCAAAGGGAUUCUGUAGUAAUAAGAUCUGCGAAGCCCUAUUUGGCUACUCCGGGAGCAAAAGUUCAUGGGCAUUACAGAGAAAUUCUUUACGAAGGGGAUACAUUAGUUACAUUUAUAUAUGAAAAAUCGAGAUCCGGUGAUAUAACACAAGGUCUUCCAAAAGUAGAACAAGUUUUAGAAGUCCGCUCGAUUGAUUCAAUAUCGCUGAACUUAGAAAAGCGGAUUAAGGGUUGGAACAAGUGUAUAACAAGAAUUCUUGGAAUUCCUUGGGGAUUCUUGAUUGGUGCUGAGCUAACUAUAGUGCAAAGUCGUAUUUCUUUGGUUAAUAAGAUUCAAAAGGUUUAUCGAUCCCAGGGGGUGCAGAUUCAUAAUAGGCAUAUCGAAAUUAUUGUACGUCAAAUAACAUCAAAAGUUUUGGUUUCCGAAGAGGGAAUGUCUAAUGUUUUUUUACCUGGAGAACUUAUUGGAUUGUUACGAGCAGAACGAACGGGGCGUGCUUUAGAAGAAGCAAUCUGUUAUCGAGCCGUUUUAUUAGGAAUAACUCGAGCAUCUUUGAAUACUCAAAGUUUUAUAUCCGAAGCAAGUUUUCAAGAAACUGCUCGAGUUUUAGCAAAAGCCGCUCUUCGGGGUCGUAUCGAUUGGUUGAAAGGCCUGAAAGAAAAUGUUGUUUUAGGGGGGGUGAUCCCCGCCGGGACCGGAUUCAACAAAGGAUUGGUGCAUUGUUCACGGCAACAUACCAACAUUCUUUUGGAAAAAAAAACAAAGAAUUUAGCUUUAUUCGAGGGAGAUAUGAGAGAUAUUUUAUUCUACCACAGGGAAUUUUGUGACUCUUCUAUUUCCAAAUCUGACUUUUCUAGGAUUUAAUGAUUUCUAAUAGCGGACUAUUUUUAAUUUUAUUUUUUAUUUUAUUGUUUGCUGUAGUCAUUUGUUUUGGUAAUUUGUUAACACUAAUAAAGAUAAUAAUGAAUAAAAAAAAAAUGGCUUGGUUCAUGCAUAAAUGGCCAUCCCUGGUACAAGAGAAGGUUCCAUCGGAACAAAAAUUUAUUUUAGUUUGGGGUGCCCCCCUUUUUAAGUGUGAAAAGAAAUGACAAAAAGAUAUUGGAACAUCGAUUUGGAAGAGAUGAUGAGAGCAGGAGUUCAUUUUGGACAUGGUACGAGGAAAUGGAAUCCUAGAAUGGCACCUUAUAUUUCUGCAAAGCGUAAAGGUAUUCAUAUUAUAAAUCUGACUAGAACUGCUCGUUUUUUAUCAGAAGCUUGUGAUUUAGUUUUUGAUGCAGCAAGUAGGGGAAAACAAUUCUUAAUUGUUGGGACAAAAAAUAAAGCAGCCGAUUUAGUGUCGCGGGCUGCAAUACGGGCUCGGUGUCAUUAUGUUAAUAAAAAAUGGCUCGGCGGCAUGUUAACAAAUUGGUCCACUACAGAAAAAAGACUUCAUAAGUUUAGGGACUUGAGAACUGAACAAAAGACAGAGGGAUCAACCGUCUUCCGAAAAGGGAUGCAGCUGUGUUGAAGAGACAAUUAUCUCGCUUGGAAACAUAUCUAGGCGGGAUUAAAUAUAUGACGGGAUUGCCUGAUAUUGUAAUCAUCCUCGAUCAGCAAGAAGAAUAUACGGCUCUUAGAGAAUGUAUCACUUUGGGAAUUCCAACCAUUUCUUUAAUCGAUACAAAUUGUAAUCCCGAUCUCGCGGAUAUUUCUAUUCCAGCAAAUGAUGACGCUAUAGCUUCAAUUCGAUUCAUUCUUAACAAAUUAGUAUUCGCAAUUUGUGAGGGUCGUUCUAGCUAUAUACAAAAUUCUUGAUUAAUAAUAAGAUAAAUAAAUCAAUUUUUUUUGAGGGAGGGGCUCCCUGUAUUUCGAUUUAAAAAAUCGGUUACUACUCCUGAAUUGUACAAAAGAAAAAGAGAGAAAAAACUGGGGAUAUUGUGUGAUUUGUUUAGUUGGGAUCCAAAACUAAAAUAUAAAAUUGAAGUCAAUAAGUAAAAAAAAAAGGGGGGGUCUUGAAUCAAAAUAAUUUAAAGUUCUUAUUUCUGUCAGAGGGCAAUAUGAAUGUUUUAUCAUGUUCCAUCAACACACUAAUAAAAGAAGGGUUAUAUGAGAUAUCUGGUGUAGAAGUAGGCCAACAUUUCUAUUGGCAAAUAGGGGGUUUCCAGGUCCAUGCCCAAGUUCUUAUUACUUCUUGGGUUGUAAUUGCUAUCUUAUUAGGUUCCGCAGUUCUAACGAUUCGCAAUCCACAAACCAUUCCAACUGACGGCCAAAAUUUCUUUGAAUUUGUCCUUGAAUUCAUUCGAGACGUGAGUAAAACCCAGAUUGGAGAAGAAUAUGGUCCAUGGGUUCCCUUUAUUGGAACCCUGUUUUUAUUUAUUUUUGUUUCUAACUGGUCAGGAGCCCUUUUACCGUGGAAAAUUAUCCAGUUACCUCAAGGGGAGUUAGCAGCACCAACGAAUGAUAUAAAUACGACGGUUGCUUUAGCUUUACUCACAUCAGUAGCCUAUUUUUAUGCGGGGCUUAGCAAAAAAGGAUUAGGGUAUUUUAGUAAAUACAUUCAACCAACCCCAAUUCUUUUACCCAUUAACAUCUUAGAAGAUUUUACAAAACCUCUAUCACUUAGUUUUCGACUUUUCGGAAAUAUAUUAGCCGAUGAAUUAGUCGUUGUUGUUCUUGUUUCUUUAGUACCUUUAGUGGUUCCUAUACCUGUUAUGUUCCUUGGAUUAUUUACAAGCGGGAUUCAAGCUCUCAUUUUUGCCACUUUAGCUGCGGCUUAUAUAGGUGAGUCUAUGGAAGGUCAUCAUUAACGGUUUUUUUCAAAUAUUCUUUUUUAGGUUAGCCCAAUUAAUUAUAGAAUAGUUGGUUUACGUUAUGUAAGAAACACUUGUAUAUGUGAUAUUUGAUAUUGCCUAGGUAUAUAUGAGUUAAAGAUCUAUAUAAUCUGAAUCUGCUCUACUACUUUUGUGAAUUUCUAUUUCUAUUUAGAUAGGGAUUCGAUUAGAAGUUCUUCCUUUUUAUCUGUGAAUUGGCUGAAAAAAUGAUAAAAAAAGAACGAAGAAUUCAAAAAAUGGUUCAUAAAAAAUAAAUGGCAUAAACAUAAAAAAGUCGUAUAUAUAUAUAUUAUGGAUAUGGAUUUUUAAAAAUCCCGUGGAUAGGAACUACUAUCAAAGUAAUUCUUAUGAUUCAAUAAUUUUAUUAUAUUAUUUCAAUUAAAGUUUUUGGUUUUUUUGGCUGGAUGAAUCUUAGCGAUUACUUAAUUAUAAUUCCGUCCUAAGUCAUUGAAUGAUUGUAUCAUUAACUAUUUCUUUAUUUUGGUGUGAGGAACUUAUCAUGAAUCCACUGGUUUCUGCUGCUUCGGUUAUUGCUGCUGGGUUGGCUGUUGGGCUUGCUUCUAUUGGACCUGGAGUUGGUCAAGGUACAGCUGCGGGUCAAGCUGUCGAAGGUAUCGCGAGACAACCUGAGGCAGAAGGAAAAAUACGAGGUACUUUAUUGCUUAGUUUGGCUUUUAUGGAAGCUUUAACAAUUUAUGGCUUGGUUGUAGCAUUAGCGCUUUUAUUUGCGAAUCCUUUUGUUUAAUCCCAGAAAUCACAAAAUUCUGGAUUUUUUUUUUUUUUAGUUUUUUUAAUUCUAUCAAGAUUUAACUCCUACAAUUAUUCAUUAAGACAACAAUCCUUGGGAAGGACUAAUUUGAGGAUGGGGAAUUAGCACAUCGAUUCGCUUUCUUCCUUCCCCUUAUUCUUUUAGUUUAAUAGAAACUUUUUUUUAAGGAGUGUUGCGAAAAAAGGAGGUUUAGGUUUUUUGAACUUGACAUAAAACUUAGUCUCAAAUUCUAGCUUAAUUCUAAUAAGUCUCAUUAUUAUUAUUGAAAAUUAAAAAUUUUGGAAAAUACGUUUGUAAAUAGAAUAGGUUUUUUAUUCUGUUUACAAAUAUCCAAAUAGGUAAAUUAAAUUAUUAAAUUCAAAUUUCUUUUUAUUUUCAAUAAAAAGAAUAAAAAAAAAAGGACAGAGUUCUUUUUUUAUAGUUUAGCUAGAAGAGGAGAUUAUAUGAAAAAUUUAACCGAUUCUUUCGUUUACUUGGGCCACUGGCCAUCCGCCGGGAGUUUCGGAUUUAAUACCGAUAUUUUAGCAACAAAUCCAAUAAAUCUAAGUGUAGUUUUCGGUGUAUUGAUCUUUUUUGGAAAGGGAGUGUUAAAUGAUUUAUUAGAUAACCGAAAGCAGAGGAUAUUAAAUACUAUUCGAAAUUCAGAAGAACUGCGUGAAGGAGCUAUUCAACAAUUAGAAAAUGCCCGGGCUCGCUUGCGUAAAGUAGAAAUGGAAGCGGAUCAGUUUCGCGUGAAUGGAUACUCUGAAAUCGAACGAGAAAAAUUAAAUUUGAUUAAUUCAAUUUAUAAGACUUUGAAACAAUUAGAAAAUUACAAAAAUGAAACCAUUCUUUUGAGCAACAAAGAACAAUUAAUCAAGUCCGCGAACGGGUUUUCCAACAAGCUUUACAAGGAGCUAUAGGAACCCUAAAUAGUUGUUUGAGUAACGAGUUACAUUUACGUACUAUUAAUGCAAAUAUUGGGAUGUUUGGUACGAUGAAAGAAAUAACUGAUUAAUCCUUUCCUUACGAUUAUGAUAGGCAUUAUUUUUUUUCUUCCAAAAAAGAAUCAGGACAAUACUCAUGGUAACCAUUAGAGCCGACGAAAUUAGUAAUAUUAUCCGUGAACGUAUUGAGCAAUAUAAUAGAGAAGUAACGAUUGUAAAUACCGGUACCGUACUUCAAGUGGGCGAUGGCAUCGCUCGUAUUUAUGGUCUUGAUGAAGUAAUGGCAGGUGAAUUAGUAGAAUUUGAGGAGGGUACUAUAGGUAUUGCCCUUAAUUUAGAAUCAAAUAAUGUUGGUGUUGUAUUAAUGGGUGACGGUUUGAUGAUCCAAGAAGGAAGUUCAGUCAAAGCUACGGGAAAAAUUGCUCAGAUACCGGUGAGUGAGGCUUAUUUGGGGCGUGUUAUAAACGCCUUGGCUAACCCUAUUGAUGGUCGAGGUAAGAUUUCCGCUUCUGAAUCUCGGUUAAUUGAAUCUCCUGCCCCAGGUAUUAUUUCAAGACGUUCUGUAUAUGAGCCUCUUCAAACAGGACUUAUUGCUAUUGAUUCCAUGAUCCCUAUAGGACGCGGACAGCGAGAAUUAAUUAUUGGUGACAGACAGACCGGUAAAACAGCAGUAGCCACAGAUACAAUUCUCAAUCAACAAGGUCAAAAUGUAAUAUGUGUUUAUGUAGCUAUUGGUCAAAAAGCUUCUUCCGUGGCUCAGGUAGUGACCAGUUUACAGGAACGAGGGGCAAUGGAAUACACUAUUGUGGUAGCUGAAACGGCCGAUUCCCCAGCUACGUUACAAUACCUCGCGCCUUAUACAGGAGCAGCCUUGGCUGAAUAUUUUAUGUACCGUGAACAACACACUUUAAUCAUUUAUGAUGAUCUUUCCAAACAAGCACAAGCUUAUCGACAAAUGUCUCUUCUAUUACGAAGACCGCCGGGUCGUGAAGCUUAUCCAGGAGAUGUUUUUUAUUUACAUUCACGUCUUUUAGAAAGAGCCGCUAAAUUAAGCUCUCAAUUAGGUGAAGGAAGUAUGACUGCCUUACCAAUCGUCGAGACCCAGUCAGGAGAUGUUUCAGCUUAUAUUCCUACUAAUGUAAUUUCCAUUACAGAUGGACAAAUAUUCUUAUCCGCCGAUCUUUUUAAUGCUGGAAUCAGACCUGCUAUUAAUGUAGGGAUUUCUGUCUCGAGAGUAGGAUCCGCCGCUCAAAUUAAAGCUAUGAAACAGGUAGCUGGAAAAUUAAAAUUGGAAUUGGCUCAAUUCGCUGAAUUAGAAGCCUUUGCCCAAUUUUCUUCUGAUCUCGAUAAAGCUACUCAGAAUCAAUUGGCAAGAGGUCAACGAUUGCGUGAGUUACUGAAACAAUCCCAAUCAGCCCCUCUCACAGUGGAAGAACAGAUAAUGACCAUUUAUACUGGAACAAAUGGUUAUCUGGAUGGAUUAGAAAUUGGACAAGUAAGAAAAUUUCUCGUUCAGUUACGCACUUACUUAAAAACGAAUAAACCUCAGUUUGAAGAAAUCAUAGCCUCUACCAAGACAUUAACCGCUGAAGCAGAAAGCUUUUUGAAAGAAGGUAUUCAAGAGCAACUAGAACGUUUUCUACUUCAGGAGAAAGUAUAAAAAAAGAAAUGAAACGGAUCGUUCUUAUUUUUGAUUCUUUAGUCAAUUUGACUCUUUAAUUUUAAUUAAAUUUUUAAGAAAUUCUAUAAAUAGAAGUCUAUAAGUUACGUAUAUAUAAUAGAAAGAAGUAUAUAACUAAUAUCUGUUUAAUAUUAAAUCUUAAAGCAUUCAGAAUUUCUUUCUUAGUCUAUUUAUUUCUUAUCUUUUUUCGAAAUAGAUAUUAUAUAAAUAUAUAGAAAUGGAAAUAAUAGAUAAAUAUCAAUAUAGAUAUAUUGAUAUUGCGUCCAAUAGGAUUUGAACCUAUACCAAAGGUUUAGAAGACCUAUGUCCUAUCCAUUAGACAAUGGACGCUUUUCGCUUUUUUUUACUUUCCAAUUGUUAAAAAAAAAGAAUGUGCGAAAUCUUUUUAGCAAUUGUGUAUUGAAGUGAAUUCAAUACACAAUUGCUAUUAGACAAUUCUAAUAUAGAAAAUUGUCUCUAAUAAAAAAAAGGGGCAAUUGUGAAUUUAGAGCGGGUAGCGGGAAUCGAACCCGCAUCGUUAGCUUGGAAGGCUAGGGGUUUUAGUCGACGUCGAUCGAUCAUUUUUAUAUUUUUAACGUCUCUAAUUCAAAACCGAACAUGAAACUUUGGUUUCAUUCGGCUCCUUUAUGAUGGAUGGAGAAAUUCCCAAAUAAAAAAAGACGGGAACGAAAUAAAAAUUGAUCCAUAACAUCUAUGUUAGCUUUUUUUCCGUCUGGGUACUUUCACAGAAAUUUUUGCUUUCUAGAUGAUCCUUCUAGAAGAUAGAUCAGGCGAACUCGAACAAUCUUUCUAGUUACUUCGUUCUUUAUUUCUAUUUAACGGAAUCCUUAGGAAAAGUAUUUGGUUUCUACCGAGCUAAAACAAUAUAAUAUGUCGAUGUCUUUAGUAAACCAAAGUUCUCGUUUAAUAGCUAUUUUGCUUCAAUUUUUCUAUACCAAACAAUGAAUAGAACUGAAGAUUGAGUUACGAUUAGAAAGACACUUUUCUAGCUUUAUCCAUGGAUCCUCUUGUUAUACUUAUUGAAUUGUCAAUAGUCAUCCAAUUCAAAAAUUAUGUUUCGGAAUUUCAUAAUCCAAAUUUACAAUUGAUUA